AUGAUUCCUCAUGAUCAACCGGUGCUUGGAAUCUCCAAGAAGAACUUUGUCGAUCUUCUGGAGUUCGCUGAAGACCAAUUGGAGAUGGAUCGUGUUCUGGCUGUCUUCGAGAAGUCUCGUGUCAAAGCAACUGAGGGAUUCCCACGUACGCUUCGCUAUGUCGGAUUCCGCCCAUACGCCAUCGACGAGCAUCCAGCUUCGCUUCCAUCCGAGAAGUACUUCAUCAUGAGCUACAAAGUCUAA